AUGGCUUGUGUCCCAGAGCUUCUCUUGGCCACUUUGGAGGAGCUGGUUGAUAAAGAGCUGAGGACUUUCCAGUGGUUUCUUUAUAGUAAUGUUCUCGAAGCAUUCCCUCAUAUUCCAAAGUCUCGGGUUGAUGGCGGUGACAGACCAGGCACAGUGGAUCUUUUGGUGCAGACAUAUGGGUAUGAGGGUGCUGUUGCUGUCACAGUGGACAUACUGAACAGGAUGAAACUUAAACUCUGGGCUGAAACACUUAAGAGCAAAUAUGAUGAAGUUCCAAGCACUCAAGUAGGCAAAGAGAUUGACCACCAUACAAUCCGAGAAAAACUGAAAUCCACUUUGAAGGAAAAAUACCAAAACAUUUAUGAGGGGAAUGCAGAUGAAGGGGACACCAUCUAUCUGAAGAAAAUCUACACUGAGCUGCAUGUGAUCAAAGGAGCAUGGGGAGGCUUCAGUGAGGAGCAUGAAGUCAGACAACAAAGGUCCAAGCAUGUGACAACAGAGGAAAUCUCCAUUAAAGCUAGUGACAUUUUCAAACCCUGCCCUAACCAAGAGAAGCACAUCAGAACUGUGCUAACCCUGGGUAUACCUGGAAUGGGUAAAACUGUUUGUGCACAGAAGUAUACCCUGAGCUGGGCAGAAGGGGAGGAAAAUAAGGACAUCACCUUUCUCUUCCCAUUUCCUUUCCGUGAACUGAAUCCUAACAUAGGCGAGAAGGACUGCAGUCUUAUGCAACUGCUCCAUCAGUUUUUUCCUGAGAUGAAACCUCUUGAGACACUGGGAACAGAAUGCAAAGUCGUGUUCAUCUUUGAUGGCCUAGAUGAGACUCUCCUCCCCUUGAACUUCAAACACAACAAGGUAUUGAGAGAUGAAACAGAGCCAGCCUCACUCGAUGUGCUGAUCACAAACCUAAUAACAGGGGAUCUGCUGGGAAACGCUCUCAUUUGGAUCACUUCCCGACCUGUAGCGGCCAGCCGAAUCCCUCGAAAGUACAUCCACCAGUGGACGGAGGUGAAGGGGUUUGUUAAUGAACAAAGGGAGGAAUACUUCAAGAGGCACUUGUGUGAUGAUAACCUCGCCAUCAGGAUCAUCAAUCAUGUCAAGUCAUCAAGAAGCCUCUACAUCAUGUGUCAAAUACCAGUUUUCUGCUGGAUCACAGUCAGGGUGAUGAAGAAAAUGUUACGUGACAAUGUGACAGGAGCCAUGCCCAACACCUUGACUGAGAUGUAUGCAUAUCUCCUUCUCUGCCAGACAGACAGGAUGGUAGAAGGGCACAAUCCAAUGGAAAGUGGCAAUGUUGUUUUGAAGCUAGCAAAGCUGGCGUUCCAUCAGCUAGAGAAAGGCAACCUGAUCUUCUAUGAGGCUGACCUGAAAGAGUGUGGUAUGGAUGUGAAGGAGGCGACCAUCUACUCAGGUGUUUGCACAGAGGUCUUCAUGAUGGAGGGCAGAAGAAGGAGGGAAGUUUUCAGCUUUGUACAUUUGACCAUCCAAGAGUUUCUGGCAGCUGUGUACGCCCACCACUCCUACACGCAAAGGAAAGAAAACGUCCUUCUUGGAUACCUGAAAAGGAUAUCUACAAGAUUUCUCCCCAAAUCUAUGUUCAGUUUUCACAAGACUGCAAUUGAAAAAGCCUUGGAGAGUCAGGAUGGCCACUGGGAUGUCUUUCUUCGUUUUCUCCUGGGACUGUCGCUGAAAUCAAACCAGGAGCUCCUUGGUAGACUACUGCACUUGGAAACAGAUGGAGCAGAGAAGAAGGGAGAAGAAGAUUUAUUGAAAACCAUUCAGUUUAUCAAGGAGAAGAUCAAAGAGGAACCAGAGGCCAAGCUCAACCUGUUCCACUGCCUGAGUGAGCUCAAAGAGGAGUCUUUGGUGCUUGAGAUCCAGAACCUUGUGAGCUCUGGGAGGCUUGCAAACAAAAAUCUGUCACCAGUCCAGUGGUCUGCACUCACUUUUGAACUGAUGACAUCAGAGGCAACAGAGGAGGAGUUUGACCUGAAGAAGUACAUAAGAUCAGAACAAGGGGUAGUGAAGCUGCUGACCGUCAUCACUUCCGCCACACGUGCUCUGCUAAAUCGCUGCAACCUCACUGAGAACUGCUGUGAAGUUUUGGCCUCUGCGCUAAGCUCAACCUCUUCUGACCUGACAGAGCUGGAUCUGAGUGACAACAACCUGAAAGAUUCAGGGGUGAAGCUGCUUUCUGUUGGAUUAGGGAGCCCUUAUUGCAAACUGAAGAGUUUAAGAUUACAGAAGUGUAAACUGGAAGGACACUGCUGUGAAGCACUGGCUGGUGCUCUCAGCUCAGAGUGUACUCGACUCAGAGAACUGGACCUGAGUGCUAAUGACUUCCAGGAAGCAGGAGUGAAGGCUCUGUGUGUGGGACUGUGCAGCCAACUCUGCAAACUGGAAACACUGAGGUUGAAUCAUUGCAAGCUGAAAGAGACUUGCUGUGCAGAUUUGGCUUCAGUUUUAAGCUCAGGCUCAUCUCACAUAAAAAAUCUUGACCUGAGCAACAAUAACCUGAAGGAUUCUGGUGUUUCUCUGCUGGCUGCUGGACUGAGCAGUACACACUGUAGAGUGGAAAUGCUCAGGCUCAGCUGUUGUGGCCUCACACAGAAAUGCUGUGACCAGAUUGGCGCAGCUCUCAGCUCUGACUCUGCUCACCUCAGAGAGCUGGACCUUAGUGGAAACAACCUGCAAGGACCAGGCAUACAGCUGCUCUCUAUGAGAUUGAGACAUCCAAACUGUGAACUGAAGACAUUAAGGUUAAAUGAAUGCAAUCUCCGGAAAUGCUGUGCCGAUUUGGCCUCAGUCCUCAGCUCUGACACCUCUCUGAAAGAGCUUGAACUGAGUGGAAAUGACCUGCAGGACUCAGAGGUGAAGCAGCUCUCUGUUGGACUGGCAAGUCCAGACUGUACACUGGAGACAUUAAGGCUUUCAUUCUGCGGAGUCACAGAGAAAGGCUGCACUUAUUUGGCUUCAGCCUUGAACUCCAACCCUUCCCACCUGAGGCAGCUGGAUCUCAGCUACAACUACCUGCAGGACUCUGGAGUGAAGCUGAUCUCUGUUCAUCGGGACAAUCCUCUCUGUAAACUAGAAGAACUCAGUACGGACCAUAAUGCGGAGUGCUACUUGAAAUCAACACUUAAGAAAUAUGCAUGUACCCUGACAUUGGACACAAACACAGCUGCCAAGUCUCUCUUCCUGUACGACGGUGGAAAGCAGGUGACGUGGAUCAGGGAGCAACAGCAGUACCCAGACCACCCCGAGAGGUUCGAGAGUGUGUCUCAGGUGCUGUGUCACCAAAGCCUCACCCAGCGCCACUACUGGGAGGUUGAGUGGCGAGGACAAUGGGUGGAUAUCGCUGUGACAAUGAGGGGGAUCCGUCGGAGGGCGGGCUAUAAUCUCUGUGGGUUUGGUUACACAGACCAAUCCUGGAGUCUGUACUGCUCUGAGGACCAUUACAGCGCUCAGCAUGACCACCAGUCUGUGGAAAUACCAGUGCCUCUGUCUCGAUCCCGCAGGGUUGGAGUGUAUUUGGACUGGCCUGGUGGCACCCUGUCCUUUUACAGCAUCUCCUCUGGGACCCUCAGCCACCUUCAAACAUUCAACAGCACUUUCACUCAGCCCCUCUUUGCUGGAUUUGGGAUGGAAAAGGAUGACUGCUCUGUAACUAUUUGUACAGUGGAGGGUGUGCAAGAACUCAUUUCUCGGUCAGAUAGUGCUGAAAGAAUUGAGGAGUUUUGAGUGAGGAGAUUAAAUGGUGUUGUUCCUGCUCACAGAGGGUGGUGAUAAUGCUGAAGAGUCAAACUGGAAGAAAAAGCAUCCUAAAUUUUCAUACAGGGUUAGGGUUACACUUAUGGGUUUAAAACUUGUUUUGCAGUUGUCAAACUUGGAAGACAAAAUAUUACCAUGAAAACAUGGUGUGUUAAACAAAGGUGUGUUAAACAGCCAACUGUAAACUUUAAUCUAUCAUUGUCUGUCAUGGCCCAGGUAGUACUGGCAAAUGAUCUGUUGUUUUAUCUAGGACAUUUAAUACCACUACGCCUUACUGUAAGGCCUAAACACAGAAUGAAAGACUUGGUUGCAAAGAGCAAAAAAAGGAUACAGGCCCUGCCUGAACUCCGGUGACCUCUACUUGCAGUCCACAGUUGCUCCACUCAUCCUUCGCAGUGCCGGUCACACUCACUAUGUCACUGGGGUCAGCGUGCUCUGGUCUGCUUCUCGUGUCACCAACUGUGUACUGAGCUCACCACUGAUUUCAUUUGAUUUAGGUUAACAAAUAGACGCAGGCAGACACAAAACUGAAAUUCUUCAGGGGAUGAGGAUUAUCAUUCAUUCUCCACUUCAUAUAUAAAUAAAUCCAUUCAUGUGUUUGUAGUGUUAUGUAUGUGGGAAUGUAUGUGUAUUUGGAAUAUUGUAUUUUAUCCUUUUUUCAUUUUAUAUCUGGCCUUUGUAAAAUACUUUGUAAUUGCUGAUUGUAAUAUGUGCUAUAUAAAUAAACUUUAUUAUUAGGACAGUCUCCACAAAAAU